AUGCCAAAAUUGAAAGAUGAGAAAAGGAAAACGUCGAAAUCCCCAAAUUUCAAAAUUUUCAGUGACAGUUCAGGAGUAAAUAAGAAAAAAUCGAACAGUGAAGAUGAUUCUCCGGCAGGAAAUGUGCUUGAAGAAUACUAUCUACAGCCCUAUCUUGAAUACCAAUGCCAAGUUUGUAGUAGAUGCUUUGAAAAGAAGAGAGGUCUGAAUAUUCACAUAAAAAAAAUGCAUCCUAAGUCCGAUUCUAGUUCACCUCCAAAAAUUUCUGAUGCAUCUAUGAAUCCGUGUGAUUCUCUUCUUCCUGACAAUGAAUCUCCCUCUGGUCGUCUGAAUUCCCGUUUAUCCUUCAAGAAAUUCAACUCACGCAUUGCCAAAAGGAUACCGAAAUCAGCUAGACCGUGUGCCGCCGAAGCUUUGAAAAAUGCUAUAGACAACUGUAUCGUUUUCAACUCUUUUGAUGCGUGGGAAAGUCUACUGUUUUUCGCUUAUAAAUCUUUCAGUCUACAACCACAACACAAAAAUCGUAAAGAAUCUCUCACGACCAUCAUCAAAAGGAAUAUUAGUAGUCCCUCUGCCUCACAAAGUAUUCCAGGAUAUCAUUCAGCACCAACACGAAAACCAAACAUCACCAAAUGUAUCGUUGAACAGAUUACGAAUAAUAAUUUCAGCGAAUCAUCAUGGGUACAAGCAUCACUUCCUGUGAAUAAAGGUGGGUUGGGAAUCCGAAGGGCAUCUUCACUCACUUUGCCAGCUUUCCUUUCGUCUUUCAACAGCAUUAAACAUUUUGUAAAACAGAUUCUACCAGAUUCCUUUUUUGUUAUUUCUGAUCCUUUGUAUACUGAAUGCGAAUCUAUGUGGUGCUCGACUUCGAAAACAUUGAAACCUGACAAUAAAUGUUCUCAGAAAUCAUGGGAUCUUCCGUUGAUUGAUUUGUCAUCCAAUCAUCUCCUUGACUCAGCUAAAAACUCCCCAUUUGAAAAGGCUCGUCUCAAGGCAGUAAGCACAAAGGAAUCUGGAGCAUGGCUUAAUGCACUUCCUGUUGCAUUCCUUGGAACAUUAUUGGAUGAUGAAUCUUUCAGGAUAUCUGUAGGCUUACGUCUAGGUUGUUCAAUUUGUACAACACAUAAAUGCAGAUGUGGAUCUACCGUUAACGAAAAGGGAGUUCAUGGUUUGAGCCGUAAAUUCAGUGCAGGUCGUUUUCCUAGACACUAUACUGUUAAUGAUCUGAUUAGAAGAGCUUUGACAACUUCGGAUAUUCCAGCUAUUUUGGAACCUUUGGGAAUCAGUCGUGAUGACGGAAAACGCCCGGAUGGGAUGUCUCUCAUUCCAUGGAGUCACGGAAAACCUUUAGUAUGGGACUUCACAUGCGUAGAUACAGUUGCUGCUUCACAUAUCGAUUCGACAUCAAAAAUCGCCGGAGGAGCAGCAGAUUCAGCUGAAAAAAUGAAGUUGAAAAAAUAUACUACUUUGAGGGACCAAUAUAUUUUUUAUCCUGUUGCCAUAGAAACUUACGGAUCUUUUGGCCCCUAUGCUACAGAAUUAUUCAAUCUCAUUGGAAGGAAACUCAUCCAUAAAACUGACGAUAAUAGAGCUCGAUCUUUCCUGAUUCAGCAGAAGCUUUGGUCGAACCAUCCUUCGAUCCGAGUCGUAUGUUUGGACGAUCUGAAACUUCGGAUUCAAAGGUUCGCACCUCAAUUCAGAGGCUCCUCGCAACAGGAUGCACAAGAAUUUCUUUGUUACCUGCUGGAGGGGCUGCACGAGGACGUCAACUUGGCCGUAGAUGAACCGAACCCGAACCCAAAGCCAGUACUUAUGGAAAUCGACAAAUCAUUCAGUUUUAAUGUCGACGCAAUGGAUUCGUGGUCGAGAUUCUUGAUAAUGAAUAAAUCUAAGUUCGUCGAUAAUUUUGUCGGGCAGUUGAAGUCUACUUUGAGAUGCACCUUCUGUGGAUAUUGUUCGGAGACAUUCGACCCAUUUUGGGAGUUGUCUUUACCGAUACCACAGCGAUCAGGCCAACUCAGCUUGUCACACUGCUUGGACUCGUUUACGAGUGUUGAGAUUUUAGACGGCGAGACAACUUGCUCGAUGUGUAGAGAGAAAAGAAAAUGUUUGAAGUCAUUAUUCAUCAACAAGUUCCCAAAAAUUUUAGUUAUACAUCUGAAACGUUUCUCGCAGACUGUAGAGUUCAGUGAGAAACUAAACACAUUUGUCGACUUCCCCUUGAUCGGCUUGGACAUGAGCCCCUAUGCAGCUGAAGAUAUCGUACCAUGUCCUUACAAUCUGUACGCUAUCUCAAACCACAGCGGUACCACCUACAGCGGACACUACACAGCCUACUGCAGACAUCUAUAUACGAAAAUUUGGCACGAAUACAAUGAUUCCCUGGUUUCUUUAAUUUCGUCGAACUCUCUCGUAAGUGGGGAUGCUUAUAUUCUUUUUUACCAACAAGAGGCUCACCCCAAAUUCGAACAACGUGAUGUUGACUCUGUGAAGAGCUACUGCUCCGUAGCUGAUCCGGAUAGCACUCUUCGUACUGUCCACUAUUCCGAUGAUAACCACGACAUGUUCAACACAGUCGUGGAGAAGCAUGAAACUCCAGUUCACCUAGCUCCAGCUGCACACUCUGACCCAGUAGAUAUUGUAUACUCUGGUCCAGUACUGAAUUAUCAAGGCAGCCUCAGACAUGAAUUAGAAUUAGAUAAGCAUGACUCCGAUUUGAAGGUCAAAGUGAAAUACAAGGUGUUUCAUUGA